CAAACCUAGCUUUGGAAACAUCCUCAACGAAAUCCCAACUCUCUCUCUCUCUUUCGCCAACUCUUCGAUUAUCAAUUCCAAAGGUUUGAGUUGAAGUUCAAUUUCCCUAUUAACAUCAGAAGGAACCCUUGAUUCCAUCAAUUAGGGUAUUAUCAUAAUCGCUUUAAGAUGCCGGCCACCGCAGGGAGGGUUCGCAUGCCGGCGAACAACCGGGUGCAUAGUAGCGCCGCCUUACAAACCCACGGGAUCUGGCAAAGUGCAAUUGGGUAUGACCCUUAUGCGCCUAAUAAAGAUGAUGCCAAAAAUUCAUCGACUCCGAUGACUGCCGCUGCUGAUCCUGAUGGUGAAAACGCAUAUGCUAGCUUUCAAGGGCUUUUAGCCCUUGCUCGAAUCACUGGUUCAAACGCCGAUGAGGCUCGUGGAGCUUGUAAAAAAUGUGGGCGUGUUGGGCACCUUACUUUUCAGUGUAAAAACUUGGUAAGUUUGAAGGAGAAAGAUCCUGAAGCGAUCCAGGCUGCGGUUCUUAAUGGACUGGAUAAGUUGAAAGGAGGGAAAGUGAAUGGGAAGAAGGUAGAGAGUGAGGACGAGGACGAGGAGAGUGAGGAUUCGGAUUCUGCUGUGGAUUCGGAGAUUGAGAGGAUUAUUGCUGAAAGAUCUGGGCAGAAGAUUACUAGGAAAGGGAGGAAGUCUUCAAAGAAGAAGAAGAAGAGUGAUGAGGAUGAUAGUUCGGAUUCAGAUCAUGGGGAGAAAAGGAAGAGAGGGAGGUCAAAGAAAAGGAGUAGUAGGAAGGGAGGAAUUAGUGAUUCGUAUGACGAGGAUGAAGGUAAGAGGAAGAGGAGGAAAGAGAAGAGAAAGAAGAGGGAUGAAUCUUCAGAUGAGGAGAAUGAUCAUCGUCGUCACAGGAAAAGAAAGAGUAGGAAGGAGAAGAGGAGAAGAAGAAGUCAUAGGCAUUCUGAUGAUUCUGAAUCAUCAGAUUCAGAUGUAUCAGACGGUUCUGGUAAACGGCAUAGGAGAAACAGCCAUAGGCAUGAAUCUCCCUCCGGUUCUGAUGUUAGUGGUUCCGAUGAUUCACGGGUUGGAAGGCGUGCAAAGAGGUCUGAGAAAAGGAGCAGGAAACGCCAUCAUGAAGACGAUGAGUAGAGGCUUGUUAAAAAAGUUGGGAAGGUCUCAAGUGAGGACUGAGGAGGGAUUCAAAGGAGUGGGUAUAAUGUUUGCGCUAGAAGUUGUUGAUGUUCUGGUGGACAAGAUUCUAUAAGUUAUCUGUUAUGGUGCGUGAUAUUUCGAACAUGUAAACUUUUCUUU